GUUAGCAGAAUCAAUGCUGACCUUCCCAUGAGCCUGUGAAUCAUGUGACCAGGUCGGAUGAACUUUUUGUGCAAGUACUGAUCGUGUUACUUCAACAUACAGACUCUCCAUACGAAGGGACGGAAGGAACUGUCAUGACCUUUUGCGGUCGUCCUAGUAAAGCUUGCCUGUCAUGCCGCCAAAGACGAAUCAAGUGCAACCGAGCAGUUCCGGUGUGUAGGCAGUGUCAGCGAGCAGGCAAACAAUGUACAGGCUACCGGGAUGAGCCUCCACUCUUGUUUCGCGAUGAGAAUGUUCGUACCGUCCGAAGGGCUCUUAGAGCUAAGGAGUGCUCGGAUAGAAGAAAUACGGCCCAGUUGAUUCACCUCAACGGCAAUCCCGAGAAUGAUAUACAGCAUACACCAGGUGUGGUACCUCCGUCGCAGCAUCUUACUGUCCCGAUGGAUGAGCAAGGGCUUCGUAUUUUCUUCUGUCACUUUGCCACGCCUCAUGGAGUGACCGGAAGCAAAGAACCGCCACGAUCGCAUCCAUUUUUGCUACGAAUUAUGGAAGACGGAUUCUCCCGACAGGCUGCUGUGGCAAUUGGCCUGGCCGCGGCGUCUAAUAGUGGGAAUGGACCAGCGUUGCUGAAGUUUGCCCGUCAGAAGUAUGGACGGACUCUGCAGGAGCUCCGACAAACAGUGCAAGCCGCGACUAUGACCAAGGAUCUGGACUACAUCUUACUUAUCAUCCUGAUGCUUGCGCUAUUUGAAUUUGUCGAUUGCGAUGCGAGCUCCAUCACCGCCUGGGCUGUGCAUGCGGACGGAGCGACGGCGGUUUUGCAACGAUUUUCAGCUCGUGGGGGGUUCUCGGUUGAUUAUCGAGCGCAGCUGCAGUAUUAUUUCUCCAUGUUCAUUAAGUAUUUCUUCAUUGGGGGUUCACCUCCGGUUGACUGGGCAAGAAGCUCCACAUGGCACAUGCCAAUCCUUCCAACUGAAGGCCAACCAGCAGUCACCUUGAUGGGCAUUCUCAUGCAACUGGCCCAGUUAUACUUAACACUCCUACACGGUAUGAACAUGCCGGUGGAAGAAGUGGCUCGCACCGCCCUAGCCAUUGCAUCUGAAUUGGCCGCCUGGAAGGCGACAUUACCGGUAACAUGGUCUUAUGAGCUAAGAUACUCCACGGAUAUGUCACAUACCUUCCAUGGCCUCUAUCAUAUCUACCACGACGCGUGGGCAUCCCGGGUCACGAACAAUUACCGCUAUGCCCGCUUGUUAGUGAACGAUAUCAUUCUGACUUACACCGAUCGAAACGCAGGUGGAUAUGAACAAGUUUCCAUACAAAACCAAGCAACGACCACUAUUACCCAGAUGGCAACAGAGAUAUGCAUUGCAGCAUCUAGCCAGGUAUAUCAUGAGAUCUAUCAGCCGGAGAUCGACAACCUCUCGCCUCCACCGGCAAGUAACGGGGUGUUCAUGGUUCUUUUUCUCUUGAAUGUGGCCGCAUGGGGCACCGGUGUUCCUGAUGUGCUCUUUGAAUGGGUCAUUGACACCCUUCGAACCAUUGGACAUAUCAAAGGUAUCCGACAUGCUCUUUACCUGAUUCCGAAGCUACAGAAGAUACGAGAACAGCGAAAGCUGGGGCUGCGACCGUUGCUGUUUCAAAUGUUCCCAUAGUUGAAUGGCUGAAUGCUCAUAUACGCCAAUAAGUAGAAACGUCUCAAUGUUCAUAGUCCGGAC